CUGCCUCCCUUCUUUUUUCUCCUCUUUCUCCUCUAGUUGCCCCAGCGUCGCGGCUUUGUCUCAUCCCUCACGCUUCGGCAGCCAAGGCCGUGCAGGGUAGGGACGUUUGGAAGGCAAAAGGAAGGAAACAGGAGAGGCUGGAGAGACGACUCCGUGAGCACGGCGCGGGCCUCACGAUGUCAUCAGCCAGAGCCGGAAGCGCCGCGGGAACGGAGCGCUUGAUUUACCAAGCUUUCUCUCAAGAAGAGGCCAAAGAACUUGAUAUUCAGCGCCAUGGAUCCCGAAAAGCCGAGGCCUUCCUGAAAGCGUUCCUUAGGCGAAGCAUACCCCAUCUGACUGAAGACAAACUCCAUGACCACCUGCAUCGCAAAGCAGUUGUGCUAGAGUACCUUCCCCCAAAGAAGCCCAAAGAAAGAAAAAGAAAAUCCAAAGGCUUCUCUGCAAAGCAGAGACGAGAGUUGCGUCUCUUUGAAAUUAAACCAGAGGAGCAAAGAUACAACCUGUUUAUCCCUCUGCAUAAUCUCUGGAAACAAUAUAUCCGGGACUUGUGCAAUGGUCUUAAGCCAGAUACGCAACCACAGAUGAUUCAAGCCAAGUUAUUAAAGGCAGAUCUUCAUGGUGCUAUUAUUACAGUCACAAAAUCCAAAUGCCCCUCUUAUGUUGGUAUUACGGGAAUUCUUCUUCAGGAAAUGAAGCAUGUCUUCAAAAUUAUCACCAAAGAUGACAAAUUAAAAGUUAUUCCCAAGUUAAACUGUGUGUUUACUGUUGAGAUCGAUGGCUUCAUUUCCUAUAUUUAUGGGAGCAAGUUCCAACUUCGAUCAAGUGAGCGUUCUGCAAAGAAGUUCAAAGCAAAAGGAACAAUUGACCUAUGAACUCAUGACUGUUUAAGAAAAUAUCACUUCAGUUCAGAACAGUGUGAAGAAAGCAGGCGGCCUGAACUGGCAGCUGGCUCAUGUUUGGUGCUUUGCUCUUUAAAAAAAAAAUACUGCCGGGCUAGUGAGUAGCUCAUUUCCAGCUCAUUUCUCCAGUUCAAUUGUUAGUUGUCUUUUCUUUCCAUAUUGUUUAAAAUUCUGUGUGUGGUCUGCCUGCCUCUUUGGUUAAACAGAUGAUUUUCUGGUUGCAUUAUUUUCUAGUGAGAUUGUUGAGUCCCUUCAAGUCUGUUGCCCCCUGGAAUAGCAAUAUCAUCAGAAAGAAGCUACAAAAUCACUGGCUGUUAUUUUGCAAAUUAAUAGUUAGGGCCCAUAUUGACAUUCAUAUCAUCUACUCUUUAUACCUCCAUAGCAUAUUAUAUAGAGAGAAAUAUAGACUGUAAUGUUUUCAAGAGCCAGGCCUGUAUGACAUCAUCUAGAGAAGAGUUAAGGCAUUUGGGAGGAAAGAGGAUGAUGAGGCUUUCUCUCCCGAACUUCUGUGCCUUGUGUCUCCCUCUACUUCCCAGAAAAUUUAUCCUGGGUAUCUUUUGAAGCUGUUUUAGAAAACUAUGAUAUCUGUAAUAACUCUUUGAAAUGUGAAUAAGAAAAUGGACUUAUAAUAUUUAUGCAAUAUACAUAUUUUUUAAAAUAGUUCCUUUGACAUGGAAGUUUCAUUUUUUGGUUGACUCUAAUGUGCUAGACCAAUUUUAUUGGUGCUAAAAGCAAGCAGGACUCUCAAAGACCAACUCAUUGUCUCUAUGAUGUGAGUAGAAAUGGCAGGCUUUGUCUUGAAAUCAUUUCAGUCAUUUUUUUUAAACCCUUAACUUCUGUCUUAGAAUUGAAACUAAAUAUCAUUUCUAAAGCAGAAGCGCAAUGAGGUCCAGGCAAUCAGGAUUAAGUGACUUGACCAACUUUACACAGUUAGAAAAUGUCCAAGGCCACUUUUUUUUUUUCAAGUCAGGUUCUACCAACUCUAGACCUAUCCUAUCUACCUAGCUGCCCUCAUGUCAUUCAUUUUGGUGGAAAAUCCUAAAUGGUAUCAGUGCCCUUAAGUGUAUUUCCUUCAACAAACCAGAUGUGUGCCAAAGAUCAUACUUGGCACCCUCCUUCCUCACCCUCAAAAACCUCCUUACAAGACACAGAGCUUUUUAAUGCCCUCUUUGUCUUUGAGCCACUCAUUAUAGGCAGUUCAUAGUAAGAAAAAGAGACUAUUACAUACAAGGUAGAUGAAUAUUUACUCACACCAGAUAAUGGGCAUCUUUGAAAUGAGGACUUGAAUGCUGUGACCCUGAAAUGUCAGGUGUGCCCAAAAUUACUAUUUUCUGUGUCCAUGACUUUGGAUACCAUGACUUCCCCUUCCUUGUAGGUUGACAGGAAAUGUCUCUCCCUUACUCUGAUAUUUUUGAGCAAUGUGUGGCUAUUUCUGCCCUACCUGUAAGCUAUGAUCAUAACUACCUGCUUUCUUGAUGGGAAAAUAAAUCUCUCUCUUAGUUAAAGUGGUUUGUGUUCUGUUUUAACUGGCUGAAAGUGCCACAUUCAUAACUGAGUA